AUGAUUUCCUCUCAAAGUCUGCCAGUGGUCGAGAGCCAGGCAUUCGCCUUUUUUCGUGAACACACGCUGCGUGGAAUUCUCGGGUGCUUCGAGUCUUCACACUUGGAAUCGCUAGUACUUCAACUGAGCCUCAAUGAGACAUCCGUUCGCCACGCUGCAGUGGCGAUCGAUAGCUUUAUUGAGCUGACCAAUUCAUUCGCCGUUAAUCAAUAUGUCCAGUCGCUUAAUGAUCUCCGAAAGCGUCUGAAUGGCCCAAAGGAUUUUGAACGCGAACAUAUCGCGUUAGGCAACAGACCGGGAGCUGUGGCACAUCUUCGGAUGGGACUUCGCAUCCUGUUGACAUCGAGUUCUCCUUCAAUUUACUCGAAAUCUAAUGAAGGGAGCUUGUUGUCUUGCAAUGACUCUCGGUCUCGUAUAUCAAACUUUGACAAGCUGGCCGAAAAGUAUGCUAGUUUGGAUUACGAGUCCACGAUGUUCGGAGAACAGAGUCCAAUACUCACACUGGCUUCAUCUCGUGAUAAUAUGGGCCCAAGUCCUGAAGUAUCAAACUAUUUCAUGGAAAUUGAGGAUGCCAGAAAAUCCCUGGGAAUCCUGUCAAAUGCUGUUUACCGCUUGCGCGGCGCGCUACUUCAUCUUGCUGCCAGAGAGAUGGGUAACGAGUCCUAUGGAGACUGGGUCGUUCGCUAUUGCGUAGCCUAUUCGAGUAUACGGACAGUGAACUUAUCCGAGCGCACAUCUUUGUUGCAGCAACAAUCUUGCCUCAAGUUUAGCCUGGAACGUUGGGCUUCCGCUUUUGGAGUGUUUUCUAACAGCCUCGGUCAUCAUAAUGCCCGGCCAUUGAUUGUACUUGAGAUGCAACAUUUUUAUAUCUACUUCUUGAUCUGCACUCUUCGUGACACGCAUGAAGACGCUUGUGAUCUUUUCAACUCUACUUUUCAGCGCAUGGUCGACCUUGGACAUCAAUUUGUCGAUGCUACCAGCAGUAAGCACGCCUCUUCUGGGCCUCAGCUUACUUUCAGACUAGAGUCGGGAAUUAUUCCUUCUCUUUAUCUAGUGGCAAUGAAAUGCCGCAAUAAAAGGAUCCGACAUGAUGCUAUCACUUUGCUUGAUCGAACGCAAUGUCAAGAGGGAAUGUGGGAGGGCAGCUUAGUUGCCCGGUUUGUUGCAGAGGUGGCCAAAAUAGAAGAAAACAAGGCUGGCAUCAGGAACGGAAGAAAUGAUAACCACGCUAUCUACAUUCCCGAGUCUGCACGAUUCAGCGAUGUCGUUGUUGCAAUGUCUGAGACUGCUGGAUAUGGUCGUUUGAUCUGUGCGCGCUAUGCCCAUGAAUCAACGGGUGAGCUGGAGAUCUCAGAGAGAACAUUUCAACUUUGA